AUGCUUCCGUAUGCGUACACGAACAACAUCGUCGUCCAGCUGUUCACUGGGUAUGGGAAGAUUGCACGGGUGACGCUGUUGCGCCACAAGGACACCCGAGCGAGUCGCGGCGUGGCCAUUGUGCUGUUUUCGCAGCCUGAAGACUGCAAGAAAGCAUGCAAGGCACAAGCCAUAGUGAAGUCGAUGAUGUUAAGUGGCUCCAUGUCCAACGACGACGGCCGGUCGGGCGACUUUAUCAAGAAACGCGAGUACUCGUCCAAGAAACCAAUACCUGCGUUUCUCCGUGAGAAGCCCAAGCCCAAGAAGAGCUCCCAGCGGCGGGCCAAGUUUGAGCACGGAGAAGCCGCUGACUACUGUGACCACACACAGGACGACCACAGGUAA